CUGCACAAUUAUCUGUUAAUGAAAUACGUAUUUCACUAUCAAUUCAAUUAUUUAAUAAUUCUCAAAAUGAAACUGUUUAUGGAAUUCCUAAUAUGGAGUAUUCUUAUCUGAAUAAGAUACGCAGAGAAAAUAUUUUUUCAUCAGAAUUAAAAGAAGUUGUAAAUGAUUAUCAACAAUAUGCAAAUGCUUAUGGAUUACAGAAAAUCUUGCUAAACAAUUAG